AUGCCAGACUGGUUCCUCACAGACAUCUUUUUUUUGUUCUUUGCUCCAGCGUUUGGUUUCUGUGAGUACAAAGAGCCUGAAUCUACUCUACGAUCUCUACGGCUGCUUCAUGAGCUGCAGCUUGGAGAAAAGAAACUUCUGGUCAAAGUCGAUGCCAAAACCAAAGCACAACUGGAUGAGUGGAAAGCAAAGAAGAAGAGCACCAGUGAAAAUGGAAAUGGCAAGGCAGAGGAUGGUGCUGGUGAAGAGGAAGAGGAGGUUCUGGAUGAAGAAACUAAGAAGCGGGACCAAAUUGUCAAAGGAGCUAUUGACGGUCUGAUCCGGGAGUAUUCAAGUGAUCUGAACGCUCAAUCUCAGGAUGAUGAGUCGAGUCGCCGCAAAAAGAGGAGGGAAAAGAAGGAUGAGGUCCACGAGCUGGGACUCGAACUGAGGCGCAACAGAGCUACAUGUCAGCACACUGUCCACAAGGCUAUCGGCGCCAAUGAUGACUUCAGUGCCAUGGAAAUGGAAGAUGACAAAAGAGAUCUGAUUUCCAGAGAGAUCAACAAAUUCCGUGAUACACACAAGAAAUUGGAAGAGGAAAAGGGGAAGAGAGAGAAGGAGAGGCAGGAGCUGGAGCGGGAUCGCAAGGAGAGAGACAAGGAGCGCGAGAGGGAACGUGAACGACGGGACCGCGAGCGGGAGAAGGACCGAGAGAGGGAGCGCGAGAGAGAGCGGGAGCGCGAGAGGGAGAGAGAAAGAGAUCGAGACCGCGAGCGCACGAAAGAGCGCGAUAGGGAGACGGACAGAAGCCGUGACCGCAGUGAAGACCGCAAUCGAUCCAGAGAACAGAGUCGCGAUAGAGACCGAGAUAAGGAGAAGAAGCGUGAUCGUGAGGAAGAUGAGGAAGAGGCGUAUGAACGGCGUAAACUGGAGAGGAAGCUGCGAGAGAAAGAGGCGGCGUAUCAGGAGCGUCUGAAGAACUGGGAGCUCAGAGAGAGGAAGAAAGCCAGAGACUACAGCAAGGAGAUGGAGAGAGAGGAGGAACGCCGGCGUGAGAUGGCUAAAGAAGGGAAACGGCUGAAGGAGUUUCUGGAAGAUUAUGAUGACGACAGAGACGACCCAAAAUACUACAGGGGCAGCGCUCUUCAGAAGCGUCUGCGGGACCGAGAGAAGGAGAUGGAGCUGGAUGAACGUGACCGGAAGCGGGAGAAGGAAGAGCUGGAGGAGAUCAGGCAGAGGCUGCUAGCAGAAGGACAUCCUGAUCCAGACGCUGAGCUGCGCAGGAUGGAGGAAGAGGCAGAGCGUUUGCGGCAGCCGCCCGUGAAGCCCGAGCCCGAGGAGGAGAGAGAGCACAAGCCCUCUCGAGAAGAGCGCGACCGAGGCCGGGAGAGAGAGCGGCGCAAGUCUCAUGUCCCCUCUGACGAUGAUGUAGAGGAAGGGGAGGAGCUAGAGGACGAAGAGGAGGUGAAACCCUGCCUCAAACCCACCAUGCGGCCCAUCGUGGCCGCCCCCUCAGUGUCCUCAGCCAGCGGAAACGCCACGCCCGACACGCCCGGAGAAGAGUCGCCCUGCGGCAUCAUCAUCCCUCACGAGAACUCUCCGCCCGAGAUCCCGCUCCAGGAGGAGAACCGGCCCAAGAUCGGCCUCAGCCUCAAACUAGGUUCAGCCGGUAGCCCAGGACAGCCCAGCGUAGCCAAGCGGAAGAAGCUGGCGGUGGAGAGCGUCUUCAACCGCUUUGAUGACGACGAAGUGGACGAGGCGCCUCGGAAGAGGAAGCUGGUGCCUUUAGACUACGAGGAUGAGGAGAAGGGAGCAGAUGUGAGCGCGGCAGCCGGCGGCAAAGGAGUCAAUACAGAAGAGAAGCGCAAACACAUCAAGAGUCUGAUCGAGAAGAUCCCCACGGCUAAACCAGAGCUCUUCAACUACCCUCUCGACUGGUCCGUCGUCGACACGACCCUUAUGGAGAAGCGUAUUCGACCGUGGAUCAAUAAGAAGAUCGUAGAGUACAUUGGUGAAGAGGAAGCCACAUUAGUUGACUUUGUUUGCACCAAGGUAAUGGCCCACAGCACACCUCAAGGCAUCUUGGAUGAUGUUGCGAUGGUGCUGGACGAAGAGGCCGAGGUCUUCAUAGUUAAAAUGUGGAGGUUAUUGAUUUACGAAACCGAAGCCAAGAAGAUCGGCCUGGGGAAAUGAACAAGCACCGAACGCCGAUGAACUUUGCUUUUUACUUCCCGUUUGGGCCGGGAACAGCUCGUCUAGGUUUCAAAACAACUUGGGAAACUCGACCAUUUCCGACCUUUGGAGUCAACACACACUGAGCCGUUUGAUUUCUCACGUCCCAGACGCCCUUCAGACCGCCAGCGACGAGUGCCGAGAGGAAGAGGUUUGAUUUCUCAGGGCCUUCCUGUUGAAUCCGUCUUCAGCGGAGCUUCGUCUCGGCCGCUUGGCGCUUCUUUCUGAGGAAGCCGUUGUAAAUUGUUACUGUAAUGAUUGCCAAUCUCGUCUGGGUUGUGAUUUUACCGUUUCUCUUCUUUUGGUCGCACUCACCAACCGAACCAAAGCGUUUUCCCCAGUUGUUUCACUAAAACUAAAGCGACUCCGUUCAGAAGCUCUCGCUAAACUGAUUAACAUCACAACGAUUGAUCGUCUUUGUUUUUGUACUUAUCAGUGGAUGUGUUUUGAAUAAAAGUGAUUCUUUUCUUUUU